AGAGGGGCACGAAGUGUGUCCCCUUUCCUGCUUUACAAGCCAUGCCUCCACAGGAGCUACUGGAUUACUCACCCACUUUACGAAGAAGAUGCAGCACCCCCAGAGGCAGUGGCUCAGAGCUGGGCAUCAAAUGUGUCCUCAUAGGGGAUGGGGCUGUGGGCAAAACCAGCCUGAUCGUUAGCUACACGACAAAUGGAUACCCAGACCAGUAUCAGCCGACUGCCCUGGAUACCUUCUCAGUUCAGGUCCUGGUGGAUGGAGCACCAGUUCGUAUCCAGCUAUGGGACACUGCAGGACAGGAAGAUUUUGAUUGCCUGCGCUCUCUCUGUUACCCUGACACCGAUGUUUUCUUGGUCUGCUUCAGUGUUGUGAACCCCACAUCCUUCCAAAACAUUACAGAGAAAUGGAUCCCUGAGAUAAGAACUCACAAUCCUCAGACCCCAGUGGUGCUAGUGGGGACACAGGCUGACCUGCGGGAUGAUGUCAAUGUGCUGAUCAGUCUGGACCGCUACCGUGUAAAGCCUGUUCCUACAACUCAGGCGGAAGGACUGGCUGAGAAAAUCCGGGCUGAGACAUACAUCGAGUGCUCUGCUCUGACUCAAAAGAACCUGAAGGAGGUUUUUGACACGGCCAUUGUAAGUGCAGUGGAGCACAAAGCCCAGCAAGAAAAGAAAAUGACAGCCAAGGGAAUAAAAACUCUUUCCAAAUGUCGCUGGAAGAAAUUCUUCUGCUUUGUCUGAAGCUGGUUUGGCAAUGCAAAGGCUUAAAAGCCAGUGCU